AUGAGUUAUAAUAUUGGAGACUUGGAAUACGUGGACGCUGGUCAAUUAUGUCAAUGGAUAAAACAAGGGAAUCAAACCAAUCUGGGUGAAAAAAUUGUAGUUGUGGAUGUUAGAGGUCAUGAUCAUAUUGGAGGACACAUUAAAGGUAGCAUCAAUAUACCGUCUAGCAAGUUUGUUAACGAGAUGGCUAAUCUGAAACAACGUAUGGAAAAUGAACAAAUAAAAAUGGUCGUUUUCCAUUGUGCACAGUCACAACAGAGAGGUCCUUCUGCCGCCUUAAAGUUUCUACGGUAUUCAGAAGAUGAAUUUCAUAUACGUGUCUUACGAGGAGGGUUUAUCGAGUGGCAAGAACGCUAUAGUUCAGAUCCUCAAUUGACCUCAAACUAUAUAAAGGACCUGUGGAUGUAA